AUGGAUACCAUCUUGGUUUUCAGCCUCAUCAUUACAUCCUAUGAUGCUCACAAGAAAGAACUCAGAGAUAGCAGCUGCCAAGUAGAACCCCUGCCUAGUCUCUUCCCAAAGGAUGUGAGAAGCAUCAGAGAUGUGCUAAUGCGAGAAGCCAAAAGGUCCACAUUCAUCCUAAAUCAGACGGUGGCUAUUCUACAGUGUAUUGGUUCGGGGAGCAAAGUCAAAAUCAACCUUGCAUAUUCGGAGAAAAGGCGAAAGGUCAAGCAUACUCUGAAGAGCCUGACAAUCGUGGCUGUUCCCCAUGGAAACAGCACUGCCUCGCCAAGCUGUCACCUAACCCCCACAUCCAAGCUCCAGACUGGAUCCCUUGUAAUAGGCAAAGCUUUCUUACCAGGGAUCUCCCAGUGUAAAGCCUAUCCAGUGAUGGGGGCCUCGUCAGAGACUUUUCCUGCCACGACCCCCUCCAUAACUCCUGGGAAUAAAGAAAGAGAGAAGACUACGAGUACUGAUGAUUUUUCUACCCCCUUGAAACAAGAUGAGGACCUAAAGAAGAGACAGAAAUGGAGCAUCCUGGUCAAAUUUCUGAUUGCUAUCAUCCUGCUGUUAGGCGGAAUCGCCAUUACAGUGUUUGUCAUUUUUGAAGUCCCGUGCCCUACUCAAUGCCUAAGAGUCAGAGAGCAAUGCAGAUGCCAUCGGUUGUGGAGAAGGCAAAAGAAGGCAGGCCAGCAACCUGGGGAAGCUGAAGCCCAGCCUGACUCUCAGCCCAAGAAGGAAAGUAUUCUCUGUAUGGUUGGACAAGAUGUUCCCAACUCAUCAAGCCCCAGGAGAGCUGCAGAGACCACUGUGGUCCACCAGACAUACUUCUGAAAAGUGCUGCGCUGCCUCGCAC